AGAACAGAACUUGUGACACAUUCAAAUCCAUUGUAAGGUCGCUCUCUCUCUCUUUCCCUCUCUCCCUCUCCAGUUCUUAUUCUUUGUUUUCUCUUCUUCUCUGUUCAUUCCCUGCUAGCUGAUAACGUGACCUGGGUAUACCCGUUUGAAAAUAAGUUGGGACUCCUUCGAGGCAACCCUAUUUGGCUAGAUGCUUUGAUCGAAGGAAGCACCAUCAUAUGCAACCUGAAUCUUAGGCUCACACAUCUGAAAUCAAACCUGUAAUCCAAGUGCUUCUUGAUUUCUUGAGAAGUAUACUAGUUUGGAUCGAUUCAGUAGACCCAAAGGUAUGAUGACCCUCAUAUGAAAUGAGGUUAGGUGUCUUCCUUGGACUGUUUAUCAUCAAAGGUCAGAUAUGAAGCCUAAACCAUCAGUAGUAGUUAUGCGGCCUACAUGUUUGCUCAUUGCUCUGGUAUUGGUGGUUUUCUUGAUUCCAUGUAUACUAAUUGCAACUUGGUAUGUUAUGGCUACUCGAGUUGAGCACAUGGUGGAGAAUGUCUUUGAGAGUUUCCAAAAUGGUUCAUUAUCAGAAAUUAAAACUAUAGAAAGAUCAUUGCACCCAUUUAAUUCUUCAGCUAUGAAUCUGGCUAGAGUACUUGCUGCAUCACUUAAUGGGACUGAUUUCACAUUCUCCACAGUUGAGAAUAAGGUGGCACCUAGCUUGUUUUUAGCAUUUUCGACAAUUCCGAACUUGUCUCAAAUUUCAUACAUUGGAAGAGAUGGUCUUGUAUUCUCAUACCUUCGUGAUGGCACUCAAAUUCUCUCCAUUUAUUCCAACACUUCACAUAGUUCAACUAUGGUUACUCCAAAUGCUACAGUGACAAGCUGGUACAGGCAACCUAUAAAUAGUGACACUGGAAAGCCUUAUGGAGAAGCAAGUUCUAUGAAUUCAAUGGUAAAUAUUAGUGAAAGUUGGUUUCAACAAGCCCUGAAUGGUUCAAAUGGUUAUAAUUCAUUAGGGAAAAAGUGGAACAGAGAUCAAGCUCUCCUUUAUCUUCACACUGCUGCUAUGGAUGGAAUAGGCGUGGUGUCUCUCGGCUUUUCAGUAAUGGAUAUCAUGAAUUCCUUCCCUAGUAUAUACUUUCAUGAAGGGAAUGUACUUGCACAUAGUGGACCUUUAAGCAAUAAGAAGGCUUUCAGUUCAGGCAUGACAGCAAUCAAACUAAUGGAACAAGCUGCAGAUUUGGCAAGUCAGGUGCAUUUAUAUGCUAUUCCUCAUGAAAGAAUAAUUGGUCUUGUUCGUAGGAAAAGCAAGUUAGCAUUUUCCCUUUUGUUAGUAAUGCUCCUUUCCUUGGUUUUUUCUAUUCCUUUUAUUCUGUUCUUUAUUAUAAGAGCAGCAAGACGAGAAAUGUUAUUACGUGCCAAAUUGAUAAAGCAAAUGGAGGCAACUCAACAAGCAGAAAGAAAAAGUAUGAACAAAAGCCUUGCUUUUGCUAGUGCGAGCCAUGACAUACGUGCUGCUUUGGCAACCAUUACUGGUUUGAUUGAUUUUUGUUAUGAAGAGGUUCAUCCUGAAUCAAAGUUGAAGAUGUACUUGAUGCAAAUUAAUAGUUGUGUAGAGGAUCUUUUAGGAAUAUUAAAUUCUAUCUUAGAUACAAGUAAAGUUGAAGCUGGAAAGAUGCAACUUGUGGAGGAUGAAUUUAAUUUGGUAGAACUAUUAGAAGAUGUGGUGGAUUUUUACUAUAAUGCUGGUAUAAGGAAAGGCGUUGAUGUGGUUUUAGUUCCUUGUGAUGACUCUAUUUUCAAAUUCUCUACCAUUAAGGGUGAUCGAGUAAAACUUAAGCAGAUCCUAAGUAACCUACUUAGCAAUGCUGUAAAGUUUACAAGUGAGGGACAUGUCUCACUUCGGGUUUGGGUAAGGAAAGCAAGCCCAACAAACUCUAUAAUUGCUUCCAAUCAUAAUAGUAUAUGGAAGUUUUUGUCACAUUUGGUUUACAAGAAUAAGAAACCUUAUAAUGAUUUCAAAGUCCUUCAUCCGAUUCAACCGAAUCCAAAUACAAUGGAAUUUGUAUUUGAGGUGAAUGAUACCGGCAAGGGAAUUCCCAAGGAGAAGCAGAGCUAUAUAUUUGAGAAUUUUGUCCAAGUCAAAGAAACAACACUUGGACAAGGAGGCCAUGGACUAGGACUUGGCAUUGUUCAGUCAUUGGUAAGUCUAAUGGGUGGUGAAAUCCGAAUCAUGGAUAAAGAACAUGGUGAAAGAGGCACUUGUUUUGGAUUCAAUAUUAUUCUUGAUACCAGUACAGUAAAAGAAGAGAAUAUUUGGCGCCAAACUUCCAAGUUAGAAAGCAGCUCUCAUGUUGUGCUCUUAAUUCAAAGUGAUGAGAGGAGAAGAAUCUCUCAAAGGAUAAUCGAAAGCCUUGGGAUUACAGUAUCCAUUGUUAAUCAAUGGGAACAUCUUUUUCUUACCCUUGAGAUGAUUAAACACAGAGUAAACCUCAACCAUCUUAGCUCUUCAGGAAAAUCUGAUUUUGGGUCACCUGUUGAAAGAUCUAAGGUACCAACAAAAGAUGGAAGUGAUUUUUUUCCAACUCUACACAAGAAGUUAAGUUUGAGUAAUAAAAACUUCAUAUUGCUUGUGAUUGAUGUUGAUAGUGGCCCCUUUUUAGAGAUGCAUUCAGUUAUUACUAAUUUUAACGAAGAGCUCUUUAAUGCACAUUGUAAGGUUGUAUGGUUAGAUAGACCAAUUACUCUAACCUCUCAUGGGAGAGACCUUCAAGAGGAUAAACUACUUCAUUAUGAAUAUGUUGUAUCAAAACCACUCCAUGGUUCGCGUUUGUAUCAAUUGCUUAGAAUUCUACCAGAAUUCGGGGGUAAUGUUGAAGGUGAUCUCUUGAAACCAAAGGGAGAACUCAAGGGAGAACUCAAGGGAGAACUAGUCACACAGAUUCAUCUAGAUCCCGGUACAUCAUCUAUAGACAAAAAUAAUUGGAAAUCUAGAUCACAGCUUAUCCAAUCCCAGAAUGAGUCUUUUCCACUACGAGUAAUGCAAGGAAGUGAGAAAUUCUUGGAUGGAAAGAAAGUAUUGGUUGCUGAAGAUGUUGAGGUUUUACGCAAAGUGGCUAUCGCUAUUCUUUCUCGUCUUGGUGCAACAGUUGAUUCAUGUGUGGAUGGGGAAGAGGCAUUAGAAAAAGUUUCUAUUGCACUAGCUGAAACAAAUUCAAGUACAAAGACAGCUGAUAAAACUCUUCCUUAUGAUUUUAUUUUCAUGGACUGCGAGAUGCCAAUAAUGAAUGGGUAUGAAGCAACUAGAAUGAUACGCUUGGAGGAGAGGAAGUAUGGUAUUCACAUCCCCAUUAUAGCAUUAACAGCUCAUGCAACAGUUGAGGAAGCAACAAGGAUUGCCAAGUCUGGAAUGGAUUUUCAUUUAACUAAACCACUAAAAGUGGAGAAAUUGUUGGAUUUACUUCAAAAUAAAAGUUUGUAAACUCUCUCUCUCUCUCUCUCUCUCUCUCUCUCUCUCUCUCUCUCUCUCUCUCAUUAAUAUUUUUUAUUAGAGUCCAUUGGGGAAAGUUAUAAUUUGCUUAACUUGUAAGGAUAUGAGGGGAUGGUAAUUACUGUUUUGGUUAGAUUUGAAAUACCUAUAUAUUCCUUGUGUAAAUUCGUUGAAGGAAAGAUGGCGUGGGUAUUUUUUUUAAA